UCCUCUCGAACCGAAACGACGCAGCAACGCUCGUUGAAUGGAUAUUCAUAUAAUCCACACUCGCUGAAUACUAAGAACUUAAUAAUGUAUCUUCAACUGCACCACUGUGCGCCGGCGCCGUGUCCUCUAACAUCCAGCACUUCGUCACAUUUAUUAUUUUUAAGCCGACCGGGUCAUUUCCUGCUCUACCCCGUCGAGUGUUUACCAAGAAUUUCCUUACAGAGCAGUUUGGUAUCUUCUUAUGUUUAUGCCCGAUCAAAUAAAUCAACAGCCGAAGCGAACGAGACUGAGGAGGAGAAAACUCAUAUAGAUAAACUGAAGCGAGAAAUUGAAUCCCUUGGAAUAAACAGCGAUUCUUGUACGCCGGGACAGUAUGAUCUCCUCUAUUGUCCCAAGUGUGAAGGGGGGAAAUCCAUUCAUCGGAGUCUGUCGUUGCACAUAAGUGAAAAUUGGAGUUAUGCAAUGUGGAGAUGUUUCUAUCUGCAAUGUGGAUGGGCAGGCAAGGUCUUUGCAGAAACUGGAGCAUCUUAUCCUGGCAUCAACAUUCCCCACAAAACUAAUGUUGAGCGACCACUGACAGUGGAAAGUCUAAAACUGGAAAUGCUGGGAGAUGAGUUGCUUACAUACUUUGCUGAGAGGAAGAUAUCUAAGGAAACGCUGGACAGAAAUAAUGUUAUGCAAGUUGCGGGUGGUAAGAAAAUCAUUGCCUUUACUUACAGACGCAACGGACAGCUUGUUGGCUGCAAGUACCGUACUACAAGUGAAAAGAGGUAUUGGCAGGAAAAGGGUAUGGAAAAAUUGUUUUAUGGGCUUGAUGACAUUGCAAAAGCAGAUGAGAUCAUAAUUGUCGAAGGUGAGAUAGAUAAGCUAUCGAUGGAAGAAGCUGGCUAUUUUAAUUGUGUUAGUGUCCCCAACGGCGCACCACAAAGUGUUUCACUUAAAGAACUGCCAUCUCAAGAGAAGGACUCCAGAUUUCAAUACUUAUGGAACUGCAGCGAUUAUCUUGACAAGGCACGCCGAAUAAUCCUGGCGACUGAUAGUGACGAGCCUGGAGUAGCUCUAGCUGAAGAGCUUGCUCGUCGGUUGGGGAGAGAGAGGUGUCGGCGAGUACGGUGGCCGAAGAAAAAUGAAAGCCAGUCUUUCAAGGAUUCGAACGAGGUCUGUCCGGAUUUGUUCUGCCACUGUUGCUUACACACACAGGACUGUGUAAAUUGUUUCGACGUUAUUCGCAAGAAUUGGUUGUCCGGAAGCUGAUGGUGGUUGUUUUUUGGUUCAGGUUCUUAUGAAUUUGGGUGCAAAUGCUCUGAGAGACGCAAUUCAAAAUGCUGAAUUAUACGAGUAGCACUUGUUUUGUUUUGUAUCUUUUUAUUCAACAACAAUUUGAAAAUUAUGGCUAAGUAGUGGUGUCGCUAUUUUGAGAAAGGCCAUUUCUAUUGGGGAUGAAAUGUUAUUCUAUGAAAUGCAAGCCCAUUUUAGCUGUUUUUUA